UGUCCAAGAGCGCAAGAGCAUCGGCUGGACUAUCGAAGAAAUAUAGUUUUUAAACUCAAACCAGAGACUCGCGUUGAUGCUGUAAAGGCUGAAAAGUCUCAUUCUUGGUUUUAUUAUGACUAAUCUUGAUCUCUUGGACUCUCACUGACAAGAAGAUUAGAUGAUUCCUUCAGAGCAAAACCAGACACGAUUCUGGUUUUAUCCCAGUGCCAACCAGAAACACAGAGCCCUCUACAAGAAGUCCAAAUGUCAGUUGACCUCUAACUCCUCCUCUCAAUGGCCUUCCAUCGGCAGGGUAACUCUCAGCUCCACUACGGGGUCAACGGAGGCAUUCGCCGAAACUCCAGAGCAGGAGAAGAUAACACACUGCAGUUUCUGAGCCAAGAGGAGCAGGAGUGCAUCCAGUUCUUUGAGGACACCAUUGACUCAUUGGAGGAGAGCCUGGUGGGGGAUGAUCAGAGGUCUUCACUGGUGAACCUUCCUGACAGUAGCAGCAUCCCUUUAGACAAAGUUAAUGGACUACCUACCUCCAAACCCAACCUUGGGGUGAAUGUACCCUCACAACAUGAUAUUAUUGACCUGGUCCACCCAGAACCAGACUUGGUACACACCAAAGAGCCAGUCUUCAACCCUUCUAACCCAGAUUUUCAGCGUAUGUUACCAACUCCUGAAAGCCACUUUGAGGUAAAGCCAAGGCGUGACAGCUUGCCUUCAGAGUACAACCCUCCUCUACCAAGUGGAAGCUAUGGGUCGGCAGACAGUCAUUCCUCCUACCAUCCACCAGGCUGUAUCCCUACCCCUGUCUUGAUUGCCCAGAAGAUAGCAGAGAAUCAGGGAGGUGGAACGUCAAACUUGCAUCCUUCCUCAAUCCUCCGUCGUCUCAGCCUGGAGUCAGAAAAGCCACCAAGCGACAGCACAGACACUCCAGUGAAACAGGGUCCUCCUACCUCUGCCAAGCCCACCCGCUUCCCCCCUAAUAUAAGCGUUAUCCUUGGAAACAAGGAGCACCAGAAGCAACCUGGGGCUAAUGUGAACAUUCAUGAGAGACGAGAUCAGAUGCUGGCAAACCUGUCAGGUACGUCUCACCCUUUGCUGCUGGAACAUUCUCAGCAAACCGUGGAGCAGAAGGCUCGAAACACUCCUACUCGUAGUAUUUCUUUCAAGGACCCUUCACCAGAUAAAUCCAGGAUGGAGGCCUUAUCAAAGCUGGGUCUGAACAGGAAUCAAACCGUGUCUGGAGAAGUUGCCCAAAACAGCACUACAGUGGAUUCUCGGAAAGCUCCAGACACUCAUUCCAAAUCUUCAGAGACCAGUCUUCCUCAACUGAUGCAAAGUGGCACCAACUUCCCAGAAUCCAGUGCUGUGACUUCCCCUCCAAGCCAUCUUCAUGUAGACAGAAAACCUGAGAUUCUGCAGACACAUUCCCUCAAGAGCCAUGAUGAUAGGAGCUCCCAGCUGAGCCCCUCAUCACCAACACUGACCCAAAACAGACACUACCCACCUCCUCAGGAAAACAAGGCCUCUGUCCCCCCUCCGGCUGAGGUCACUUCACUGGAAUUUAACAGCUAUGGAGGGAAGUCCAUCAUAGUUAACCCAUCUGUUUCCUCAAGGAGUGAACCUGUGUCUUCCCCAACAAGCCAAGACCUUAAAACCCUCCCACCUGCUCUAUCUAACCCCACUGAACUUAAUACCUACGGAGGAAAGUCCAAAGUCAUGACCCUGGCACCUGCCCCCAUGACCACAGCCAACCUGCCUGACAUCCUCAGCUCUCAUAUCGACAAGAGUCAAACCAUGCCCGCCAAACCAGAGCCGCUACCUUCUGAGCUCAACUCUUAUGGAGGAAAGAGCCGAAGCUUCAACCCAGCUACUGGGUUUAAUCUUGCCUCAGGCAGUCCUGCCAAGAGUAUCAAAGCUCCAGCCACGACUCCAGUCCCCAGAAUUGUUCGGCAGUCCUACCACGGUGCUCUUAAUCAGAAAACAGGACUGCGAGCUAUCUCUCCUGAUCGCAGACGGAGGUCCAAUUCCAUGUUCCGUCCCCAAGGCAUCACCGUGCAGUUUUCUGGACGUGGUGAGAUGAACGAAUCUCGAAGGGAGGCACUGAGGAAACUAGGGCUGCUGAAAGACUCCUGAUUAACUUUUUUUUAAUAGAUUUACUCACCAGUCUCUACCUGCCGAGCCCAAACUCUGGCAUCUACCUGCUGGUGAUGAUGGAAUGCGAGAAGUUUCACCAUGAGAAUGAGGUGUGGCUGGAAACAAACCAGCUUUGACAGAGGAAUGAAGCUUGGUACUUGAUAAACCUGCAAAUCCACUUUUCACCUUGUGAGCAUAAAAAAGCUGAGAAACAGUGCAGCUGUUGCACUCAACAAUGUCUCCUUGACAAAAAGCCUGAGCAGGUUAAGACUUCUUCACAUCAAGACUCUUCCAAGACACUAUAUACCUCUGCGCAAGGUCAAUUGGAACAAAGCAGAUUUUUUAACUACCAUUCUGUCUCAUGUUUGCCACAUGAGGAUGCUUGUGAAUAGUUAAUUGUAUGUCCUUCUCUCUGUUUAAUGAUAUCCUCCAUACCAAAGACACAAAUCUUUACAAACUUCUCACAAAUAUCGAGAUUUCUUGAUCAUUUUCUGAAAUAGCUUUGUGCAGAACUAUUUCUGCUUGUGUAUAAAUACAGAUUUGAUAUAUAGAGAAAUUCCAGCAUCACUUUAUGUGUGAGUGAGUCAAAACUUUACAGGCUGGAUUAUCCAUCCAGCCUCUAAAGUUGUGCACCUGCAUCCUGAAAACUUCACAAAUCUGGGCUGUUAUGUUGCAACUAACUUGUGCACAUUUUAAAACAGCACAUUUAUUGAAAGUGAAAAGACCAAAAAUAAAGCACCUUCAAUGUCAGAUUUUUCAGGUUUUUGUUAUGAUGCAGUUUUAACUUUUAAAUAGGCAUGUUAUUAAUUAAACUGCCACAAUUUAACUCGCCCAGUCUUAGUAGUCAGGGGAUGGAUUAAAAUUGCCUUUAUGUUUGAUUAAAUGCUAUUUAGAUGCAGGAAAAAGCACUUCUGUGCAAGAAUUGGUGCAAAUGUAAAAAUCUGAAAUAAGAAUUAACAGACUAAGAUAACAGAUGUUUGGAAAAAUCUUAAAUUAUAGUAUUUACACAGUACAGUAUUUAUUUUAGGAAAGUAAGGUGAAUACUCAUACAUAGGCUGUGAUGUUUUUAUCGCCAUAGGAACAUUUUUUGUUUUGUUUGUUUACCAGCUUUUGUCAUUUUAUUCUGCAGCGUUGUUUUUUUUGUUUGUUUGUUUUUUUUUUUUUUGCCACUGCUUUGGGAAAAAGUUAAAAGCACUUUUAAAGAGACCAAUUUUGUCAUCUCUGAAACGACUCAGAGGACCCAACAAGACGGUAGAGGACAGAGUCAAACAAGCGUCUUCAAAUGUGGUUUCCUGGAAUAACAUUGCUGCAGACGUGUGUGUUUAUAUGGAUGUAGAGCCGAGCUGAGCUGAUGCUUAUUUUUACUCCACGGACAAACCUCCCACACCCAACCACAGACUAGUGGAAUGGGUUUGGGGCAGGACUUCUCAGUUUUACCACUCAGAGGGAGUAACUCUAAACUGCUCUUUAGGGACGGGCAAACACGCAUUGUACUAAGCCACAGCAGUAAAAACCACAGUCUACAAAUACAUCCUGUGAUAAUUAUGUUUUCAUUCUGUCAAGCUGUUAUCAAUUACUUUGCUGUUUCUGACGUUAGUGUGUUAUUUAACUCUUGUAGGUAUGUUUGUGUGCAUGUAUGAGUGUGUGUGUUUAAUCCAGACUCCGGCCUCUGUAGUUCCCCUACAGUAACUUUGAAGUAUAUUUAGUAAAUUUUGUUUACAGACUCCGGUUCACUGUAGUUCAGCUACAGCUAUUUUGAAGUAUAUAAUGGUGCAUAAAUAAAUGAUAUGAACACAUUCUGUAUAAAACACCUUUUUAUGAGGAAAUGUUUCUGCAAAGUGUAAAUAUCAGCUCAGAACAAAGGUAAAAAUGUUUUACUGUGUGGUAGAUGGGAUAUAAGUGGUCAUGUAAAAGAUGUUGCAAUACUAUAACAGCCUGGUAUACUUUCUUACUACUGAAAUGUCCAUGUUGUAUGCUGAACAUACUAUUCACAUUGCAAAUAUUGAUUUUUUUUUUCUUUGUAACUCAUUAAACCUAACAAUAUAACUUCA